UCGCCGCGCUCGCCCGGCCGCCCGCCGCGCCCGGGCUCGGCCGGCUUCCCAGUGGGCACCCGGCGGCGGCCCCCGACCAUGCGCCCCGCGCCCGGGCCCCCGCGCCCGCGCUCGUCGCCCGCCGCCUUCCCGCCGCCCGGCCGGCUGCAGCCCCGCUUCUUGCGGGGGGCGCUCUCCCGCGGCCGGCGCGGCUCCGGCGACAGCGACAGCGGCGGCAGCUCCAGCCGGGGGGCCAGCACGGGCGCCGAGCGCGAGGACGACGACGAGAGCCCGAGCCUCCGCAAGCCGCUGGUGCCCCCCGCCGCCGCCGCGCCCCCCGCGCCCCUCGCGCCCCCGCGCGCCCCCGCCGCCUCGCCCCCCGUGGGGGCCCCCGCCGCGCCCGCCUCCCCCCGCGGCAUGACGGCCACCGAGCUGGGCACUGGGGGCGCCGUCGGGGGGCGCCCGGCCGGGAGCCGCGGCUGCGGCUGCUGCGGGGGGCGCGGGCGGGGGGCGCGCGGGGGCGGCGGCGGCCGGGGCUUCCAGGCGCUGUCGGUGGCGCUGCUGCUGGCGCAGGGCGGCCUACUGGACCUCUACCUCAUCGCCGUCACCGACCUGUACUGGUGCUCCUGGGUGGCCACCGACCUGGUGGUAGUGGCAGGCUGGGCCAUCUUCUUCGCCAAGAACAGCCGCGGCCGUCGGGGCGCCCCGCACCCGCACGCGCACCCGCACCCGGUGGCCAAGGCGCGCGGGGGGCGUGCGGGGGGCGCGGGGACCGCGGGGGCGCCGGGCGGCGACUUCGCCUUCGCCUACCUGGCCUGGCUCAUCUACUCCAUCGCCUUCACGCCCAAGGUGGUGCUGAUCCUGGGCACGUCCAUCCUGGACCUCAUCGAGCUGCGCGCCCCGCUGGGCACCACCGGCUUCCGCCUGACGCUGGCGCUGUCCGUGCCGCUGCUCUACAGCCUGGUGCGCGCCAUCGGCGAGCCCCCCGCGCCGCUCGCCACCCCCGCCGGGCCCCUGCUGUUGCAGCCCCAGCAGCACCGCGCCGCCGGCUGCUUCCUGGGCACCUGCCUGGACCUGCUCGACAGCUUCACGCUGGUGGAGCUGACCCUGGACGGCCGCGCGCCGCUGCCCGCGCACCUGCGCUACCUGCUGCUGGCCGUGUACUUCCUGGCGCUCGCCUCGCCCGUGCUCUGGCUCUACGAGCUCAACGCCACCGCCGACCCGGCCUCCGGGGGGCCCCCUGCGCCUGCGCCCCGCGGCUGCAGCCGCCUCCUGCGCCUGCUGGCCGGCUGCCUGGUGGACGUGCCGCUGCUGGCGCUGCGCGGCCUGCUGGUGGUCAGCCACCGCCAGCCGCCGUCCAUCUUCAUGCUCAAGAACCUCUUCUUCCUCGCCGGCCGCGGCCUGGAGGCCCUGGAGGGCUGCUGGGAUUCGGGGGGCCGGGGCUCCCCCAGCCGGGUCCCUCGAGGAGGCUACGGCACCGCGCCCUCCGCCCCGACGCCGGGGGGCGUGCAGUUGGGCCCAGGCCCCGAGGGCGAGGGGGGCGCGCAUGGCUACGUGAACACGCUGGCGGUGGCCCCACACAGCUGAAGGCCUCUGAGUCUGUCGCCCUGCGUGGGGCUGGGGGCCGGUGGCUGGGGGCGGGGGUCAGCCUGGAGCUCUGCGUGGAGACUGGAGGGAGCCUGGCAGCUCCUGGGGAGGGAGGGAGCCCCCUCCCCUCCCCUCUCCUCUCCCUUGUCC